CGUGCCCCGCGCGUGCGCGCUGUGCCCCUAACGGCCCGGCACGCGCGCGGCAACGGUGGCGGUUCCUCUCCCCUCCCCUGCCCCUUCCCCGCGAUGCCGGUGCGCACCGAGUGCCCCCCGCCGGCCAGUGCGUCUGCCGCGUCCGCGGCCUCGCUCAACCCGCCGCCGCCCAUCAACACCCAGCAGCCCGGCGUGGCCACCAGCCUGCUCUACAGCGGCUCCGAGUUCCGUGCCCACCAGAAGAGCAAGGGGAAUUCGUACGACGUAGAGGUGGUGCUGCAGGACCCUCUGGCCGGGUCCUCCCGCCUGCUAAGACCCUGAGGGAGCCUCCCCGAGUCUCCCAGACCGAGACCCGCUGUCCAGGGUCCUCCUCUUGGGGCCCUCCUCCUGCUGGAGUUUGCUGCGGGCAGAGCAGGAUCUCCCGGUGCAACCCACGACUGCUGGCUGCUCAGACCGGGCACUUUCCGCCCGGGUGCUGUCAGCAUCUUAUUAACUGCCAUGCCCUUCCCCGCCCUCUCGAGCGGCUGUGAAACCCCCAAACUCUAUGGAAUUCAGGGAGAAUCGCCCACAGGACGGGAGCUGCAGGUCAGAGCUGUGGGUGAGCGAGUGUGGCUCAGCUGUUCCAAACGCUUCCCCAGUGCCAAGGUCAGCAGAUGACGGUACCUACAAGUGCUCUGGCAGGUUUCGCAGGGAACACCUUUGUCACCAGCACCAAGCCUGGAGGCACCUCGGCGUCCCUGCGGUGCUGGCAUCCUCUGGCUGCCCGAGUUCAUUGCUGCGUGGAGGCCUUGCCUUAGUGUCUGAUUUAUGGCGUUACCCGGAAGUAGUUGCCGUCUCAGACCUGAUAAAUGGCACAAAAACUUGUCCAGUUUCUCAGCCCGAGCCCUCGCGUGACGUGAAACAUCUCAGCGUGUGCUCCAGGGAGCACGAUGCUUUAAUCCGAGGGUUUCCUGUGCCAGGAAUCCCGCUCAGGAUGACGCCACGGGUGUGGGAUGUACUAUGCGAGUUCAGCCACAAAGUAACCAUGCCGGUCUCAGAGCCACAUAAGAAGUCACUGGAGCUGUCACAGCACACCUCGAGGCGUGUGGAGCUGGUGUGGUUGCAGGCUGGGUCCUGGCGGGACCCACAGCGGGCCCGCACGUGGACACAGGGAACUCUUACCUUUGUGGCUACUUGAAGAUUAAAGGCCUCACCGAGGAUUUAUUUUAUUUAUUCGAAAGAGUUACAGAGAGAAGUAGAGACAAAGAGAGAGGUCUUCCAUCUGCUGGUUCACUCCUCAAAUGCCGCAACAGCCGGAGCUGUGCUGAUCUGAAGCCAGGAGCUAGGAGCUUCCUCCAAGUCUCCCACGUGGAUGCAGGGGCCCAACCACUUGGGCCAUGGAAUGACUUUUUUUUUUAAAGAUUUAUUUAUUUAUUGGAAAGUCAGAGUUACAGAGAGAGAGGAGAGCCAGAGAGAGAGAGAUCUUUCAUCUGCUGGUUUACUCCCUAGUUGGCUGCAGUGGUCAGAGCUGUACCAAUGCAAAGUCAGGGGCUUCAUCAGUGUCUCCCACCUGGAUGCAGGGGCCCAAAGACUUGGGCCAUCUUCUACUGCCUUCCAAGGCCGUAGCAGAGAGCUGGAUCAGAAGUGGAGCAGCUGGGUCUCUAACCGGCACCCAUAUGGGAUGCUGGCGCUUAAGGCCAAGGCAUUAUCCCGCUGAGCCACGGCGAUGGCCCCCCUGAAGACUUUAUGUAUUUAUUUAUUUUUUGACAGGCAGUGUGGACAGUGAGAGAGAGAGAGAAAAAAAAAGGUCUUCCUUUUUGCCGUUGGUUCACCCUCCAAUGGCCGCCGUGGCCAGAGCGCAGUGGCCGGUGCACAGCGCUGAUCCGAAGGCAGGAGCAAUGUGCUUCUCCUGGUCUCCCAUGGGGUGCAGGGUCCAAGCAUUUGGGCCAUCCUCCACUGCACUCCCGGGCCACAGCAGAGAGCUGGCCUGGAAGAGGGGCAACCGGGACAGAAUCCGGCACCCGAACCGGACAAGAACCCGAGAGGCUGGCACCACAGGCAGAGGAUUAGCCUAGUGAGCCGCAGCACUGGCCCCCUGAAAGACUUUUUUAAAAGUAUCCAUCUGGACUUUGGACACAGUGCUUACCAUAAAUGCAAAGCGUACCAGGAAGGCUGAACAUUCUACAGCCCUGAAGAAGACUAAAGUACCUCCCGUGCUCCAUGAGGAGGUACUUUCACAACCAGACCAGGUUCAGGCUCAGCAUCCAACCCUGACAGAAGUCACAGUUCAACCUUUUGAUGUAGAACUUACCCUAACUCCAGAAUCCAUUGUGGAGGGUGAACCACUCCCAACCAUGCAGGAGACUUCAGGGCAGCCUCCAGGGCCACAUAAUGAAGUGGUCUGUCAGCCUCCAGUUUAUUAUGAGAUGGUAGUUCCAAAACCAAGUCAAGAUCAAACUCCGCAUCCAAUGUCACCCAGUGGCACAGCUGAACCUUCGAAGUUAGAGUCAACCAUAACUCAGGUACCCACUACACAGGAUGAACAUUCUACAGCCUUCAAGUCUAUAUCUCCUCCUCCUUAUCCAAUGUACCCUGAGGUGACAUUUUCACCUCCAGUCCAGAUUCAGACUCAGUAUACAAACCUGCCUCAAGUCACAGUCAAGCCUCUGGACCUGGAAAUUACCCAAACUCCACAACGUACUACAGAGGCUACACCUUCUACUACCAUGCAAAUGACCCUAACUCAGUCUACAGAGCCACUAAAGGAGCUCGUAACUCAGUCCCCAGGGGACAAUGAGAUGACAGUUCCAACAGCAGGUCAGCAUCAAGCUCAGCACCCAACAUCACCCAGUGUCAUAGCUCAGCCUUCCAAGAUGGAGCUAACCAUAACUCUGGUACCCACUGCAAAAGCUGGCCAUUCUCCAUCCCUGAAGAAGACUACAGAUCUGCAUCCAGGCCAGGUUCAGACUCAGCACUCAACCCUAACUGAAGUCACAGAUCAACCCCUGAAUGCGGCUGCCACCAUAAAUGUCUGUGAGCUCUGCACCUGCAAAGAUGAGACACUUUCGUGCACUGGCCUCAGCCCAGUGCAGAAGCUUCACAGAGUUCCUGUACCAGAGCCCAACAGCUACAACGGCACCUUCAGCAUGUUAGAUUUAUCCUGCAACAAAAUGGAGUCUAUCGAAAGACGUGCAUUUGAGUCACUCCCUUUUUUGCAGUCUAUAAAUCUUGGUUGCAAUUUACUGACAGAACUGAGCUUUGGGACAUUUCAGGCGUGGCAUGGAAUGCAGUUUUUGCACAAUGUGUAAGUGAAAUAGAUGAUGAAUGCAUAUUUAAAAACCAUUUGUGUAUAAAAAUGGUAUAUAGUUAUGCUUAUCUGGGUAUUAAGUCCUGUAUAUAAACUCUGCAAAGAAGGUCUUCAUUUCAAUUUUUUUUUUCAAAAA